CUUUUGGCUGCUCCAGUUUCCAUUCCCUCCGCCUCGUCCACCCCGCCCUCUCGCCCUUCCAGUUCCCGGGGGUUGUCGCCCGGCCGGGUUCGGGCAUCCACGCAGCCGAGGGCUCGGGGCCACCAGGGGCGUGAGCAAGUGCUUCGGCGCGCACGAGGGGCGCGGGCGGGGCUGCGAAACAGCCCAGCAGGGCUGACCUGCUGGCGGCAUGGCGCAGGAGGCCAACGCGCCGCCCCUGGAGGCGCAGCGGCAGGCGGACGGCAGCUUCGUCCUGAACCUGGAUGACGGCAGCACCAAGCGCUGGACCAGGAGGCCGGACGGAUCCUGGCGCAAGCCAGAGCACCGCCGCGCUGGCUUCGUGGGGCAGCUGGAGAUGCAGAAGUACGUGCCCCGCGGCGCGCUGCUGGAGCGGCAGGUCCAGGAGAGGGCGCGCCCCGCCGAGGCCCCCGGCGCCGGCGCCCGCGUGCCCGGCCUGCCCCCGGGCGCCGGGGGCCUCCAGGUGCCGGGGUGCGCCGCGCCAGGGCGGACGCCGCAGGCGCAGAAGAACGAGCGCAGGAAGGACGCGCGGCGGGAGCGGGCGGAGGCCAAGGAGGACCAGCGCCGCGCGGAGCUGGCGGCCCCGCCCGCCCGCCCGGGCGAGGAGGCGCUGCCGCAGCAGCCGCAGCGGCCGCAGGCGGCCGGCGCUGCGCGCCUCCUGGGUUCCGCGCUGGGCCGCGCCACACCGCCGUGCGGCGAGGCGUCGGGCGCCGGCGGCGCCGCGGCGGGGCCUCGGCCAGGCGACGCGCCGCCACCGGGGCCGGACGCCGCGGCGGCCGACGCGCAGGACGCCGACAGGGUGCGAAAGGCGCUCGAGAAGAAGCUUCGCCAGGUGGCCAGCCUCGAGGAGCGGCACGCCAGCGGCGAGCGGCUGGACGCGCUCCAGCUGGCGAAGAUGGCCUCGCGGCCAGAGCUGGAGCGGCAGCUGGGCGGGCUGCCAGAGCCGGCGGCAGGGGCGGGCCCUUACCACCCCGCCGACGCCGAGGGCGGCGUGCCGGCGCCGCUGCCCAGCGCGGGCUGAGGCCUCCGGGGCCGUACCUCGGGGGCGCUGGCUCGCCGCGCGCGCGUGGCGCUGCGCUGCGCGCUCGAGCCGCGCGCAUCCUCUGCGCUGCGAAGCGCGGCCACGGCCGGCGCAGAGCGAAAAGCGCCGCGGCUCCUCCUC